UACCAAACAGUAAACAGGAAAAGAAGAAGAAGCGGCGCGGUAUAGUACAUAUGAGUUCCGUGUGUUUUUUUCUUUUUAACGUGAUUAUAAUUAAUGAAUCGACGUGACUUAGUAAAAACAUAGUUAUUGUGAAUUAUGUCGUCUGAUAAACCAAUUGGCCCAGCUCUGCCUCCGAUGUUCAGGAACGAAGAAAGCGACGAAGACUCUGAUGAUGAAAAUGGGUUCGCUGGCCCCGCUCUGCCUCCUGGUUACAAACGGGGAGAGGCGUCGAGCUCGUCGGAUGAGAGUGAGCAGGAGGUGUCGGUGAAAAGAGCCAAGACAAGUCACAACAAAGAGGAGGAGAAAUCAAAGAUAUCAGACGAUGAUGAUGACGGUUUCUUUGGACCAGCUCUUCCACCGGGAUUUAAGAAACAACAGAGUUCACCAGAAAGGCCGCCCGUGCUGGGACCAGCUUUACCACCUGGGUUUCGCAGAGCAUCACAUGAUGACGAUGAUAAUAGUGAUGGGAAAGAUGGAGAGAGUUUCCCAGGGCCUGCUCUGCCCCCAGGUUACCAGGCUCAGCCCUCCAGUAGCGAGGGAGAGGAGGAGGAUGUGUUUGGACCAAUGCCAGCGAAAGGGCCUAUCAUUCACUCUGUGGCUCAGGACUUUGAGCGUCGAGCAAAGAGGAUGAAAGACAAGCUCACGGGAGCAGAUGAAACUCCCGAGGUGGUGACCAGAGAAACGUGGAUGACAGAGCUCCCACCAGAACUGCAGCACAUCGGCUUAGGGGCCCGAACUUUCAAGAAGAAAUCUGGCCCAGAGAACAAAGAUCGCUCGAUUUGGACAGAUACACCAGCGGACAGGGAGCGCAAGGUCCAGGAACGCCUCGAGGCAAAGAAGAAGGGGGAGAAGGAGAAAGACAGUGUCCCACAAAUUCCACACAAGGAUUUGGAAAUGGCAGAGAAGGUGUCUCAGUAUAAUGACUCCAAACGUGCUGAAUCCCUGAUGAGUUUGCACUCUAAGAAGUUGAAAGAGAAGGAAAAGGAGAAGGCCGACGCGCCAGUGGAGAGGAGGCCAUUCGAUCGGGACGAAGACCUGCAGGUGAACCGCUUCGACGAGGCACAGAAGCAGCGGCUGCUGAAGAAAUCUCAGGAACUGAACACGCGUUUCUCCCACAGCAAAGACCGAAUGUUCCUGUAGCCAAUUAUGUGAAUAUAAUGUGCUCAAAUUUUCAGACCUCUCGUGACAGCCCAGCAGGUGACAUUUCCACGCAGGUUUUUUUUUUUUACAAAAUGCACUGCUCUGCAGAAAGUGAUGUUGUUUCACACCGAAUUUUAUUUUGUGUUGGUCAAUGAUGCAAGCUAAACUUUCACGUUUUUGAACUGGCUCAGGUUGUAAUAAAGCAGGAGCUGAUGAAGCUUGCAUUUCUUUCUCCAGGAUACACAGUGAAGAAAUGUGUUUUUAUUCUGUCGAUUGUCAGUUUUUUCUUCAGGUGUUCACAUAUGUGAGACAUUUUGACCAACCUUUACAAAUUCAAACACGGAGUGAUCAUUUAGUCGUAUAUUAUUUGGUGUUUGUAAAUAAUGAGUGAAAACUUAGGGGACAUUUUUAUCCUAACUUUUUUUGGUCAUCCAAGCAUUAAAAACUCAUUGCCUCAAGCUCUUCUGAACACGCUUGAAACUGAUUGAUUGAUUUGAAUUGGCUUACAUUUUAUACAGAUUGCUAUUAUAUAGAAAUCUGUAUAAAAUACCUGCAAUCUGCAUUCAAUCCAAUAAACUAAUUUUGUUGUUUA